GCAGAGACAAAAAGAAGAGCAAUCUCCUCCAACACUGUUGGUGAAGAUAUAAAAUGGUGCAGCCGCUAUGAAAAACAGUGUAGCGGUUCCUCAAAAAGCUAAACAUAGAAUUGCCAUAUGAGCCAGCAAUUCCACUCCUAAGUAUAUAACCAGAAGAAUUGAGAACAGGGACGCAACGUCCCUGUAAGUUCAUAUGUCCACACAUACUCAGAGCAGCAUGAUUCACGGUCGCCAAAAGGUGGAAACAACCCAACUAUCCACCAACAGAGAAAUCAAGAAACAAAUGUGGUCCAUCCGUAUGGUGGAAUAUUACUCAAUCAUAAAAAGGAAUGAGGCCCUGACACACACUACUCCAUGGGUGAACCUCGAAAACAUCAUGCUGAGUGAAAGAAGCCAGGCACAAAAGGUCACACAUUCUAUGACUGCAUUUCUGUGAAAUGUCCAGAAGAGGUAAACCCAUGGAGACGGAACACAUUAGGGAUGGCCAGUGACUGGGGGAGGGGGCAGUGAGGAGUGAAGCCCAUAUCCAAGGAGAAUGAGUGCAAGAACUCCUCUUGGGAUGAUGGAAAAAUUUUGGAACUAGACAGCAAUAUUGUGCCUGCGGUUGCCCAAUAUUUGUGAAUGUACUAAUGCUGCUGAAUUUUAUGCUUCAAGAUGGUUAACUUUAUAUUAUGUGAAUUUCACCUCAAUAAAAAAAAAGAGAGAGAGAGAGGGAGUUCCAGCAGGAAACAGAACAUGCAAAGGGGGUAAUUUUAAAAGAGUUUAAUAAAAACACUAUUUCAAAAAGAUAGUGCAGCCAGGAACCAUUACCACCCCAGAGCCCUGGGACCUGGGGCUGUGGGGUGAAAGCGGUUGCUGGAACCUGACUUGAUAGGGCUAUGUGCUGAGAAAGGGCUGCCUGGCAAGAGCUGUUGCUUGAGGGACACAGGCAGCCUGCAUGGACCACACAGAGGAGGAGAUGAGAUAUUAAUACCCUGACCUCAAUUUCCUCCCUCCCUCCAAUGCCUGCUGUGGCUCCCUAUUGGCCUAACCCAACCGGAAGCCAUAAAGCAAAGGCUGAGUGGUCCAUGCAAGUCUGCCUCCCAGGACACAAAACAGAGGGCAGAAGGGUGGAGACAAGGCAGAAGAUAAUUCAGAGAUUUGAAGCAAAGACCAGAGCAGUUCUGGGGUGCGGGGUGAAUGGAGGAGCAAACAGCUCCUUCCAACUCAUCACUCGGCACACUCUUGCUCCCUGCCACUUGCAGCCAUUAUGCCAAACCCUUCAAGGCCAUCUCUCCCACCUCAAAGCCUUUGCACAUGCUGUUCCCUCUGCCUGGAAUUCUAUUCACUCUCACCUGCUCAGCCAACUCCUACUUCUCCUUCAGGUAUCAGCUCAAAGGCCAUUUUCUGAGGGCUUCCCUAACACCUGGGCUCAGUUCAAGCCCACACUCGAUGCAGCCACAGGCCCCGUGCGUCCUCAGCCACAGCAAACUCACCCUUGGCAUGGUUUGUUUAGCUGUGAGCUCUGUGCAGGUAGACAGGCUCUCUCGCACUCCCUGCCUUUUCCCCAGCCCCCUCUGGCCAAGAGCGCAUUUUCAUUCAGCGAACACCAAGCUCCCAGGAAUUGUUCUACAGUGGAGAUUCAAUAAAGCAUGACUAGAAACACAUAAGCCAAAAGGUUAUUCUAUGGGGUGUGCUGUGGGGGACGAUCCCGCGAGGUAAGGGGGUGAGAAAGGCCUCUUGGGGGCAGGGGGACGGGGGGAUCUUUGAGCAGAGACCAGAGGCGGGACCCAGCGAGGCCAGAGCCAAGUGAGCGAGGGAGAGAGUGGGAGGAGACAAGGAGCUGGGAGGCGACCGGACUCUUCGUGCCGACUGGGAGGCACUUCGCGUUUUCCUCUGGGGAAGGGUGGCGCCGCGGAGGAUGCUGACUUCGCGGGAGCCUGACCCGGAUUUCACCGGCUCCCUGAGGCUCUAAUGCGCCAACGAAAGGGGGCGCCAGAGCGGCGGGAGGAGCGAGGGGAGGAGGCUGUGGCUCGGGACCCGCCCAGCCGCCCUGGAGGGACCGCGUUGUGAAAGGUGUAGAAUCGGGGGUUUGUUUAGAGGUGACGGGACUUGCUGACAGAGGGAAUGUGGGUGUGAGCGAAGGAGUUCUGCCAAGGUCUCCGCUGAGGUCAACUGGACAUGUCCCUCAGAAGCUGGAACCCCACAAUGGUGGCCCAGGGUGUCCUCUGGAUCCUACUCGGAUUGCUGCUGCAGCUGAAACCAGGGACAGCAACCCUGCCCCUGCUCAUGGACUCUGUCAUCCAGGCCCUGGAGGAGCUCGAGCAGAAGGUACCAGCCACCAACGCUAGCCACACUGCUUCUGCAUGGCUGCUGUUCACCCAGGACUCUGGCCCCCAAGAUCUCCUCCAUCACUUCCUGCUAGAGGGGCGGACUCUCCAGGCCACCAAGCUGGAUCCCCAGCAACUGAGCCCAGAGGUUCUCGGCCUGACCAAGGACGUGGCCCAACAUGGUAUUCGGGGCAGGCAGGAAUAUGGAGUGGUGCUGGCACCCGAUGGCUCAACGGUGGCUGUGGAGCCUCUUCUGGCGGGGCUGGAGGCAGGGCUACGGGGGCACAGGGUUGUACACCUGCCCUUGGACAGCACAGCCACGCCUCUGGAUGCUGGAGCCACCUUUCCAGACACUGGAGCCGUGGUUCUGGAUGUAAGAGCCACAUCCCCAAGACUCAGGGAUGUCCCCCCAGAUGGCACCUCUGCAGAGGUUGGAGCCAUGCCUCCAAAUAUUAGAGCCACAGAUCUAGAUGUCAAACCCACCUCUCCAGGUGUUAGACUUGGCUCUCCAGAUGUCCCAGUCACCGCUCCAGAUGUCCAAGCCUCUUCACCAGCUGCCAAAGCCAGGUCCCCGACCACUGUGGACAGUCUCCUGGUGGUCACCCUGGCCAGAGACCUGGGUCUGGCCUUCCUCCAGAGCCCUCAGACCUGGAGCCAUUCAGGCCUGGGGACUGAGGGCUGCUGGGACCAGCUAUCUGCCCCCCAGACCUUCACACUCUUAGACUCCAGGGCAUCGCCAGUCACCAUGGCCUUCCUCAAUGGUGCCCUGGAUGGGGCCCUCCUUGGAGAUUAUCUAAGCCGAACCCCUGAGCCUCGACCACCUCUCAGCCACCUACUGAGCCAAUACUAUGGAGCUGGGGUGGCUGGAGAUUCAGGACUUCGCAGCAACUUCCGGCGGCAGAACGCAGCUGCUCUGACUUCAGCCCCCACCUUGACCCAGCAGGUAUGGGGGGCCCUCAUCCUGCUACAGAGGCUGGAGCCAACACACCCUCAGCUGCGGGGCAUGAGCCAAGAGCAGCUGGCGGAGGUAGCCACCAAUGCUACCAAGGAAUUCACUGAGGCCUUCCUGGGGUGUCCAGCCAUCCACCCCCGUUGCCGCUGGGGCGCCGCGCCCUAUCGGGGCAGCCCCAGGCCGCUGCAGCUGCCACUCGGGUUCUUGUAUGUGCACCACACAUACGUGCCCGCGCCACCCUGCACGGAUUUCGCGCACUGCGCCGCCGACAUGCGCUCUAUGCAGCGCUUCCAUCAAGAUACUCGGGGUUGGGACGACAUUGGCUACAGUUUCGUGAUAGGCUCAGACGGCUAUGUGUACGAGGGCCGCGGUUGGCACUGGGUGGGCGCGCACACGCUCGGCCACAACUCUCGCGGCUUCGGGGUGGCCUUCGUGGGUAACUACACUGCGGAGCUGCCUGCGAAGGCUGCGCUUCACACCGUGCAGGACGUGCUCCCUGGCUGCGCAGUUCGCGCUGGCUUCCUACGGCCAGACUACGGGCUGCUUGGCCACCGCCAGCUCGUGAGCACUGACUGCCCUGGGGACGCUCUCUUCAACCUGCUGCGCACCUGGCCGCGCUUCGCGGCGAAUGUGAAACCAAGAAGAGUCAGGAGGGCCUCCAGGAGAUUCAAAAGGAAGCCACCUCCAACGAUCUUGCCAGCCACAGACUUCCAAUAAAGAGACAGUGGAAAGAAAGCCUGUAUCUACGCAUCAUCUGUGUUUGCACACGUUGUCUUUUUUUUUUUUUAAGAUUUUAUUUAUUUAUUUAUUUAAGAGAGAGAAUGAGUGGUGGGGAGGGGCAGAGGGAGAGGGAGAAGCAGGCUCCCCACUGGGCAGGGAUCCUUGACAAUUCCAGGACCCUGGGAUCACGACCUGAGCCAAAGGCAGACGCUUAACCUACUGAGCCACCCAGGUGCCCUGCACAUGUUGUCUUAAUU